AUGUGGCUUUGGACAGAACGUGAUUUAGCUCUCUAUGCAGUCGUGGGACUGUUUCUUCUGGAGGUGUACGUGGGCUCCCAGUUUUUCGCCUGGUCCCCCGUGUGCCUCCUGUAUCCCAUACUCGCAAGCUCAACAGGUUCGCGCAAGGCGCAGGAGCUGCAAGAUGAGCUUGUGAUGAUCUUUGCCCCAGAGUACAGAUUCUGGCGGCGAGUGAAUAUUCCAGUGUCAAUACAGGUGUUGGUAUGCCACAACAUGACCAUCUACAUUCUUAUCGUAUUAUGCUUUUCUCCUGAUCGAAGGGAUGUCUACGUGGGCAAGACACCGUGCUGGCAGACUUUCGUGUGGGCAGGCCUGCUGUUGGUGCUCUCAAUCAUUGGCAUGAUUGGGACGAACCUGGUGUGGGCCGUGGGCUCCGUGCGGCUCAGCCUGCCCCGCAAGGUUUUCCUGAUGAUCUGCCAGUCCAUGUCGAAUCAGGGCUCGAUUUUCCGCUGGAGCCGCGAUCAGCGAUGCCAUCUCAAAAACAGAGGCACAGAUGCUGACCCCUAUGACCGCCGCCGUGGACCUUUGUACUGCUACAUCGGCUGGUUCUUGAUGCACAAGACACCCAAGAUGAUCGAGGCCACUCGAUCUGUGGACGUCUCGGAUUUGCUGCAAGAUCAGGUGGUGAUGUUCCAGGCGGAUGUGGACUCCUGGUGGAACUUGUCCCUGUGCCAUGCGCUUCCGGCCUUCGCCACGCUGCUGUGGGGCGAGGAGCUCUUCCUGGGCUGGGUCAUUUCAGGCUGCGCCAGGUCAGUGCUCGCGUUGCACAUCAACCUGCUCCUGCUGAGCUUCCAGCACCGCUGGGCGCCGCAGAAGGUGUCCGUCACUUCGGAGGACUCCUCUGAGGAAGAGGAGCCCACGGACGCAGCCUCUGAGGAGACGCGGCGCCUCGGCGCGCAGCACCAGCCGGCGCUGCUGCGCUCGGCAUCCAUCGCGGAUGCGCAGCAGCUCAUGAAAGAGGCGGAGGAAUCCAAGGGCGUGGUGCCAUCCCUGGACCUCCAGAAGGCUCCCCUCGAUGCGGACGAUGGUGGAGGCGUCUUCGUGAAGUACAAGGUGAACGAGUCCAGCAGCGGCGGGGACCCCUCGCUGGAGGUGAAGCUGGAGCCAUUGUGGCGCCGCAGCACGCUGGUGGACCUGGCCAAGGAUGCCGUGGCAGACAUCCUUCAGGUGCCCUCGAGCUCGGUGAAGCCGGACCGGCCCCUGAUGGACCUGGGCUUCGACUCCGCCGGGGCGCUGCGGCUCCGCAGCAAGCUCAGCAGGCGCUUGAAGGUUGAGCUGCCGCCCACGCUGCUCUUCGACCAUCCCACUAUCAAUGACAUGGUGGACAACGGCAUCGCGCUGCUGUCCAAGCGCCCGAUGACGCCGGUGGGGGCCGAUGCCAUGGCUGGCCCGGCCCACCCACCUGCUGCUCAACAUGUGAUCGUCUCGACUUCGUGCCAUUUUCCAGGCGGUGCUGACAGCUUGAAGCACUAUUGGGACCUUCUUGCAGCCAAACAGGAUGCUGUAAAGGAGGUGCCCUUGGCGCGUUGGGACCACGAGCUCUACUAUUCCAAGGAGCCUCAGAAAGGGAAGACCUAUGCUCGGCACGGGGGCUUCGUUGAGGGCACCGACCUCUUCGAUGUGGCCUAUUUUGGUCUCGGCACUGCAGAGGCGAAGACCACCGACCCCCAGCAGCGUAUGCUGCUGACUGCGGCGUAUGAGGCUUUGCGAGGAGAUGGCUAUGACAAGGCUCUGCUCCUGAACAACCCAUUGGGGGUCUUCACGGCCCUGAGCAACACGGACUGGUACCAGCUGGUGGUCCCAGAUGCAGGCGUCUACACUGGCCCUGGCGUGUCCAGCGCCAUCGCGGCGAACCGCAUCAGCUACGUCUUCGGGCUGAAGGGGCCGAGUAUGACAGUGCCCUUGGCGGAGGUAGGUCCGUGA